AUGGCCAGUUCUCUCAGAACCAGCAAGGGCCAGUACCUGCACGGACCGCAGCAGUUGCGUCUUGAGGAGCGACCAAUGCCCUCUAUCAGCCCGUCUGAUGUGAGAAUCCGCGUCCGGUCAACGACCUUGUGUGGCUCCGACAUGCAUUACUUCAAGUUUGGCAAAAAUGGAUCAAUCGAAGUCAAAGAGCCGUUGUGUGGUGGGCACGAAGCAGCCGGUGAGGUGGUGGAAGUAGGCGCGACCGCUCUGGAAACUGGGAAGUUUAAAGUCGGCGAUUCAGUGGCAAUAGAGAGUGGUGUCGCAUGUUUGGAAUGCGACAGAUGUGAAGCUGGCCGAUAUAAUAUCUGCGCCAAAAUGCGCUUCAGAAGCAGCGGAGCAUCAUUCCCCCAUUUCCAGGGAACUCUUCAGGAGUUCGUCGACCAUCCCGCGGAGUGGUGUCACAAGUUAUCAAACACACUCUCAUAUGACGAUGGUGCUUUGCUGGAGCCUCUGUCCGUCUGCGUACAUUCUGUCAACAGGGCCGGUAUGAAGCAAGGGGCACAAUGCUUAGUUCUUGGUGCUGGGGCAGUCGGUCUACUGUGCGCUGCUGUUGCAAAAAUCGAAUAUAAAAGCCCUGUUGUGAUUGCCGAUGUUGACGAAGGCCGGGUUGCAUUCGCCCUGGAACACGGCUUUGCAGACGUAGGAUUCGUGGUUGACCCGAAGAAAGGGGAGACUGCUGAAAGCCGUCUUUCAGAUGCGAAGGAUCUAGCAAUUCAGAUUGGCAAACAGCAAUGGCCAGAAGGUGAAGAAGUGGGCCAGGUUGACCAUGUUUUUGAGUGUACAGGAGUCGAAAGUUGCGUGCAAACAUCGAUAUAUGUGAGCUCUCUUUCCGUCCUCAAACUUGCCAGAAAGCUCAUUCUAUUACAGGCGGCUACAAAUGGCGGAAAUGUUGUGCUUGUGGGGAUGGGAACUGCCAUUCAAACAUGGCCUAUCGCAGAGCUCACGGGUCGUGAGAUCAAUGUGGUAUCAGUGUGGCGCUAUGCGAAUUGCUAUCCUCGGGCAAUCGAGAUCAUGGAGGGAGUGAGAGCCAAUUCUCUCAAGCCGGAUGUGACGAAGCUUAUUACGCAUCGGUUUGUCGGGCUCGAUUCUAUUCCAUCGGCCUAUGACACUGCCGGUAAGACACGAGAUGGGGAGUCUAAGUUGGUUAUAAAGACAGUGGUUAAUUUCUGA